AGUGAAAAAACAAGGAUAUCUUUUGACAGUUCAGGUGGAAAAAGGUGUUGUGCAAGUUCAUAAUCAGCAGAAAUGGAAAUCGAAGCCGAUUCCCAGAAACUUGUUCUCGACUUAUCGAAGAAAUGUCUGAAGAAGAUACCAAAAACGGACGACGCACAGCAGUAUAAAGUGCUGAUCCUGGAUGACAAUGAACUGCAGAAGAUUGAUAAUAUCGAUUCGUAUCUUAAGAUUGAAAAGUUAUCGCUUUGUAAAAAUCAGCUACUCCGGAUGUACGGCGUCUGCCGGCUGCACUGCCUGCGAGAGUUGAACCUUUCCUAUAAUGGAAUUUUAACGAUCGAGGGACUAAAAGAUUUGGUUCAUUUGACUCACCUCAAUCUGGAAGGGAACAAUAUUAAAACUAUCGAGCAUUUAAACACGAACACGAAUCUGGAGUACCUUAAUCUUUCCGAGAACAGCAUUGCUGUUGUUUCGGAUGUUUCCUUCCUGAAAAACUUGAAGGAACUGUACAUGAAUGGAAACCGAGUUGCCCACUUAAGGCAAUGUGAUAAGUAUUUACCCCAAUCUUUGGAAACGCUAACAUUAUCAAAGAAUAACAUUUCUGAUUUGAACGAAAUUUGCACGUUGUGCCACUUGAAUAAUCUCAAUAGCAUUACGGUGGUGGAUAAUCCUUGUGUUCAAAUGACUGGGAAUUCAAUGGGGUUCGAUUACCGACCAUUUGUACUGAAUUGGUGCAUGAGUGUUAAGAUGAUCGACGGUUUUGUUGUCACGGCAAUCGAAAGCCUGAAGGCUGAAUGGCUGUACAGCCAAGGACGCGGUCGUCAAUUUCGCGUAGGCGAACAAAUCGCCCUGGCACGUUAUCUGAGCACGGUAUGCCCUUUGUCCGGCGAAGCUCUGGAAAAUGAAAAUGAACGUAAGUUAAGGUUGAUUUUGAGCAAAGCUCAACAGCAUCAACGACAGCUGCAAGAGCAAACUUCCGGUGGAGGAGAUGGUACUGCCACGCCUGUAAACAACUCACCAUCCUCGCUAAGACGGAAGGGGCAAAGUCGAAUACAGUCACCAAGAGUUACCCGUUUGAGUGGCCGUCAAAACUCACCGGAUACCAUGUCCAGCAGUUAUCACGGAAACACGUCUACCAAUUUGAUGACUUCCAGCCAGAUUGAAACCUCUGGUAGCAACCAACUGUUUGAACUCACGAAAUCACUCAUCGAUAACAUUACUUCCGAUAGUAUUAUGUCGCAAAGCUUAGAUCCGAACAUGUUAAAUACCAACAGCCUAGCUAGCAACACAAGCAACGUUAUGAAUUCUUCAAUGCAUGAAAGUAUUGUUCUGUCGAAACAAGUUGGUGCCAGUGGAGCUAAUCUAUAUAACGACCAACCACCAGCAGGGCAAGUGAUUAUGGGUGGCCCUCUGGCGGCCGCAUCAAAAAUGGUUCCCGUGCCGGAAUCGCUAAUGAGUCCCGACUGUGGACCUACCACUUCACCGGCUACGAUUGUGCACCGCAAUAUGCAAAAUUGCGCCAAUCAGCCACAGCCGCAGACACCGCAGAUUCCGAAGGCAAUUAAAACCAAAGAUAACACCCGUGCUGCUGGCAUUCCUACAAGUACAACCAAGAGCUCGAGUCCACGCCCGACUAAGCGCAGCACUUCAACCAACAACAGCACCAGCAACAGUGUUAGCAGCGAACGUUCCUCUCCUUCGUUAUCGCCCCGUAAGACCCUGACCAACGUCAGUCACAACCAUUCCCGAUCGUUGUCUGCCCAGUCUAGGGGUUCAAUUCACGGCGCUCAGGCUACUCCACCGGAUGGCGGUUCAAGUAAUGCCGUUAGUUCCGAUGAGGAUAGCGAGGCCAUCAACAUUGAUAAGCUAAAAACGAUACGGAAUAAGGCAGCCCAGCAAAGUGGCCAGGUGGUCUUUACAAAAGCCAAGGAGAAUGAUAGCGUUGAUUGCGCUACGACUGUUCUUAAUAAUAAAACCACCGAAAAUUCAGCCAUACUUAUCCAGAAAAUUUGGCGUGGCUACUUGUCUCGGAAGAGAGGCCAGAAUAUUGCGGACAUUUUGCAGAAAAAGCGAACACAAGAUUACAUUGUAAAAUUGACCAAAGAUAUGGAGAUGACUAAAACGGCUCUGGAGAAUGAACGCAAAAUUCAGCAGCUCCAGAUGCAAGCCAUUAACGCCCUGUGGAAGAAGGUAUCCGCCAUGCAACCAACGCAGGCUGCUAACGGAACGACCGAUACGAUGAAGCUGGAUGUGAUAAACAACGAAAACAGCUCGGUGCUCGUAGUACAGGAUCUAACGAAAACCUGCUCGAUGCUGAUGAAUCAGGUUCAGCAGUUGCAAACCUCCGUUAAGGACAUCGUUACCUGUAUGCAAUUUUUUGCAAACAUGCCACCACAUGGUGCAAACGUGUCCGCAUCCACGGUAGACACGUCGUCGAGCAGUCUCAAGGAUAGCUGCGAGACGCAGACGGAAAUUGUGGCUGUCCACACGCCACAGGUGGAACAGUUACCAGCAUUUCCGUUUAAAACGGCAAGUGUCAGCAGCAAGUUGGCCAGGCCUUCGACCCUACCGAUCAGUUCCUCGGAAACGUCACCAAAGAUAACCUCUCAGGACGGUAAACCGAUCAUCGAGGAAGAGGAGGUUGGUUCCAAAGAGGACGACAUAGUAGAGGAUGUAGUCGUCGAGAUUGAAGCCGACCCGGGCGAUACUGAAGAGAACGAUGACGGCGAACAGAAGGAACUGGACGAAAAGGAAUUCGAAGAGACAGGUACGAUGGUGAAGGCGGUUAACUAACUUUGAAAAAAUUGUAGUUGUCUAGUGGAAUGUAGUGGUAUUUUCUCUGUGUAUGUUUGUGAGUUUCACUUUUGUAUAUGUGAUUGCUUUUACAGCUCGACCGAUUCGGUUCAAAGUGUACUGAUGAUGGGGUUUUUCGUUGAUUAAUUUUAAGUAUAAAUGUGGGUAAUGCUGAUGUUCAGUUUGUGACUCACUGUUAAUGCGGAUCUCAAAACGAAACAAUACAUGCGUCUGUGUAUGCCUAGCAAAAGAUCUCUAUUUAAGAAAAAUACAAUUUUAUUUGUUCAUCAUCCGUAUUUCUGCGCUGGCUUAAGUGAAUCUAGUUGCGAUUUGAUCAAUUUUAACUAUAUUGUAGAUAAAUGUCUGGAAAAGCUAUAGCUUAUUCAGCUUUUAAUCAGUCUAAAUGUGUUUGGUCCGAUGGCUUGGUAAACAUAGAAAAGACUGAGAGCAAAUUUUGGAUAUCUACAAACCAGAUUUCAAGAUUAAGCUAAGAAACAUCCUGAAAAACUUCUCACAUUCAAUUGUUGCAGAACUGCCAGACAAACAAUUUGAGCUGAUUAAAGUUGGAUAAGUAAGUUUUUAGCUGAAGAAGCAAAUGCCUGCCUGAAUAAGCUCUUAUUCAGCUUUCAAUAUUUGCUGGGUGAUUCUAAUAUAAUAAAAAAAUUCGUAGGGUUUCACCUGAAAGUUUGUUUUUCUAAUCUGCAUAUUUAUUUCAAUUAAACGUCGAAACACAUGAUACUAAAGUAUUUAUGAGCACCCCCAUGACAUUUUAUUAUAUUACAUUCCAAAAUUUGUGCAAUCUAAGGCAAACAAUGCUGGUUCAAACCAUAGCUGUGUCAUGUCUUAUGGGACUUCCAAUAAACAUGUGGGAUCAGCUUAAGAAACUUUCUAAAAUUUGGAUACCAUUGCUGCAAGAAACCAUAUUUUUUUUCAUUCUAACAUUACAGUCAUGACGUCAAGCCAGAUUUGCGAGAUCCAUUCUAGAUUAGUAUUAUGUUUUAUGUUGAUUAAAUACCAACAAGUGGUACACAUAGUUUAAAUAAUUUACAGGAAGUAAUUUUUUUUUAAAUUUAAGCAUCUAGCGCUAGUUGAAGCAUGUGUUCCUCAAUAGUGAACAUUUUAAGAAAACUACUUCAUCCCGAAACUUGUUUCGAAACAAGGGAAUUUGCAUAAGUGCUCUCUUCUUCUCUGGUCAUAGCAUAGCAAAGUUGAAUGCUAGAAAGUAGUAAAAAUAAUCAAAAUAAAGCAACAAAUAACGCAAAGCAAAACAGCUGGCAAAGCACGAACUAUGCAUAACUAUUAUUGUACUACUAACA